GAUGUGAUCCUAGUUCAUUUACAAUUGUAUUACUGUGACAGUCGGCAACACUGUAUCCCCGAAAUCGAGAAACGUCUCUGGCGGCAAAAUCAGCAAGUUAGCAACAUGUGGAUCGGACGGAAUGCGCCGUUGAUUCGUCUUGUUUUCGUUCGCAUUUCAUUGCAUUGUGUUCUUAUCUGACAAGCUAAUUUGUUGCCUUUACGUGAAUGUCAUCUUUCCAUUUACCUCUCUGACCGGCAUUAGCAUUAUGAUUUGAAAGUCUCAAGUAGUCCCUAGCCGUGCGUUUUAUAAAAUUUGACGAAAUUCUUGGAUGAAGCCGUCGUCCCUACGACUGAAACGAUUUCCUGAACUAGUAGCUGACUACGAGAUAUCUUGAAGCAAAUAUUAUUCAGCGAAAGACCCUAUACUUCCUAUCCACGAGGAUGGUAUUUGCUGGUGUACGAAAUUACUGACAGGAACUGGAACAUUUUUUGAAAACUGGCCCUGUUUUACCUGCCAUCUUCAUUUGUCAGCAACUACUAAAGUCUUGAAGCGGCGGAAGAAAACAGCGUCUCAUUGAUUGAACCAUCGUUGAGGUUUUUGUCAUCAACUUGUUUCUUUAAUCUUUGGUGUCAGCAUUCCUUCAUUGAGAUGUCACGCAGUCAUCAAAAUAAAACGGAGAAGUGGGCUCUAGGUCCAGACCAACUGUCAGUAUCACCCAUCGCUCUAGCAGCUUUAAAUGGGAACGUCAAACGUGUGCGUUCGUUGAUUCAGUCAGGGGCAGAGCUUAAUCGGAAGGAAAGCACAAUGGAAGCAACCCCAAUUUUUAGCGCAAUCAUAGGUGAACACGAAGAAAUCAUAAAAAUAAUGGUCCAAGCUGGAGCAGAUUUAAACGUGAAAGGUGACAAGUUCAUGACACCCCUAGCUCUUGCCGUUUCAUCAGGCAAAGUGAACUUGGUAAAAUGUGUCUUAGAUCUGGGUGCAAAAAUCAAAACACGAGUUUAUGACUAUAAUUCAGUGUUGCAUGUUGCAGCCGAGUGCGGCUGUGCUGAUGUAGCUAAAUUUCUAAUCGAACGAGGCCUUGAUGUUGACAUCGAAAAUGUCGCAGAAGAAACACCAUUACACUUGGCUGUUAAAAGAGGGGAAACUAAAGUUGUAAAAACACUCAUUGCUUGUGGCGCAAAUGUUAAUGCAAGCGCUUGCACCGUUGAAAAAGUAGAAAAUGAAGAGUGUGGUCUAGGAACAAACGUUACUCCUGUGUUUUUAGCAUCAGCUUAUGGGCAUUUAGAUGUUGUUGAUGUCCUUAUCAAAGCCGGUGCCGAUGUCAAUGCUAAAACUAGUGGCAAUCAUGUUUGCUUGCAUCCAGCAGCUCAGGAAGGGCCUCUUGAAUUAGUGAAUAUGUUGCUCAAAGCAGGUGCUGAUCCGAAUGUCAAAACUUUCAUUGGCCGUUCCCCUCUGUUUUUUGCUGCAAGAAGCGGUGAUGCCAAGAUUGUUGAAGCUCUCCUUAAUGCUAAAGGCAUUGACCCCAACCCUAAAGCCAACUGUGAGGAAACUCCAUUAAUUAUGGCUGCUGGCAAUGGAUUUUUAUCCAUUGUAAAAAUGCUGAUUGCUAAAGGAGCUCCUAUCAAUGGAGUUUCAUACUGUAACAUGACUCCACUCCACGUAGCGAUUUUGAAAGGCCAAGAAGAGACGGCUGAGUGGCUGUUAAGAAAUGGAGCAUAUGUGAGUGCCCCUAGUGUGGGUGGCAUCAGUCCAAUACACUUUGCAUGCACUAAAGGUGUGUCCGUGAAUUUACUCCGAACUCUCAUCGCGAAAGGUGCAAAUAUCAAUGACAAGUCUGUUGAGGGUGCCACUCCUCUGCACCUCGCAGCUCAGCACGAUCACAUUGAACUGGUAAAGUUCCUAUUAGACAAAGGUGCCAAUCCUAAUGCUACUUGUAGUUCUAGUCUCUCUGUCCUGCACCAUGCGGUCAAAGGUGGUAGCGUUAAAACAGUGGAAUUACUUCUCACAGAAACAGAUGCUGAUCUAAGCAAUGAGCUUCUUCUUAUUGCGGUUCUUAAAGGUCAUCAACAAGUAGCCAGGAUUUUAUUGAAACAUGGUGCAGAUGUUAAUUCUGCAGAAAUGACAACUGGAAAAACUCCACUUCACAUUGCUGUGGAGAAAGGAAACCAAGGUUUGGCAGAGUUGCUUUUAAAGUACAGACCUCACCUUGAUGUUCUAGAUAAAGAGAAAGGAUCUACUCCUCUGAUUCUUGCUGUAAAAAAUAAACUUUUAACAACAGUAAAAGUUCUAGUGGAAAGAGGGGCUAAUGUCAAUGCACCAGGUAGAGGUAAUGUUUUUCCAAUCAAUAUUGCCAUUUCUCAAGGACUUGUAGACAUAGUAAAGGUAUUAUUCAACAGAGGAGCUUACUUUGAAAUACCAAGCAAUGGGAAGAACAGUAAUACUGGUCCUCUAAUUAAUGUAGCUAGGAAGGUUGGAAAUUCAAAAUUAAUCACCAUUCUUGAAUCGGUUGCUAAGCUAUUUACGGCAGUGGAGAAAAGUAACAUACAUGAAAUAAAAUGCUGCAUUGAAGCAGGUUCUAUUGUAAAUGCUCGUGACUCCAGCGGGAGAACGGUUUUACACUUCGCUGUAAGCAAUAAAAAUCUAGAAAUUGUUAACAUGCUCUUGGCACAAGGAGCUGAUCUCACUCUAGCAACUAAUAAAGGUAAUUUACCCUUACAUCUCGCUGUGGCAGCUAGUGACAUUAGUAUUAUUAAAACUCUCUUGCUCCAUGCCAGAAAACUUGACCUCACGAAGUACAACUUCGUUGUUAAUGCUGCAACCUCAGAAAAAAAAGCAACAGCCCUGCAUGUUGCAGCUGAAAAGGACAACUUUGAUAUCGUAAAACUUCUGAUCGAAAAUGGAGCAGUCUUUAAUGCUAAAAACAAAGCAGGGAAAACACCGGUGCGCCUAUCUAGCAGCAAAGAAAUGACAAAUUACUUUGAUUCCAUUGAAAGUUUGUUCAAAGCCUUAAAAGAAGGAGAUGGACCAGAAGAGGUUGCCAAUAUCCUCGUAAGUCAACGUUCUGUAAUGAAUGCAAGACAUGUUGAUGGAGGAUGGACACUCCUGUAUUGGGCUAUCUCUGAGGGUCACUCGGAUCUUGCUAACGUUCUUGUGAAUAAUGGUGCAGAUUAUUUUCUUGUAACAAAUAAAGGAACAUCUCCAUUACAUAUUGCUGCCUCAAAAGGCGAUUGCAAAGCAGUCAAAGCACUUCUGAAUCGAGCAAAAAGUGACAAUCCUGCUAAAGUUGAAGAUCUCCUCGAUGCCUUCACUGUGAAUGGCUCAACUGCUCUGCAUGUUGCGGCAAAUGUAGAUGUUGUUCGCUGUCUAUUGCAAGAAGGGGCAAUCUAUAACAUUCGAAAUGGCGCCAAUAAAACAGCACAGGAGCUUACCAAAAAUGAUGAAAUCAGAAAAUUGCUCCGAAUCACAGCUCAUCUAUUUGAAACCAUUAAAAAAUCUGAGUCCACAGUAAUGAGCUCUCUAAGCGACUUGACGAAAGAAGACUUUCAAGCUGUUACUGGUGCACGUAACGAAGAAGGUAAAACCCUGAGACAGAUAGGUCUCGCUAGUGCUGAUGUUAAAUUUGCCAGCAAGUUGAAAAAGAAAUUAAAAAUACAAAAGGUUGAUGGGAAGCAAGACCAAUCCACACAGUCUAACAAUUUCAGCCCAAUCUCAGAAACUUCUUUACUGCUGUUAGAUCAAAUCAUGGAAAUACAUUUCAACCUAAUUAAGGCGCUGGGUGGAGAAAAGGCACUUCUCGAAAGCAGUGCUCUAGAAUCUCCACUGACAAUUAGUAUUUUGAAAGGAAGUUACUUGGGUCUUCGUGCCAAAAUGAUGUUUUCAACAGCAGUUUGCUCUUCUGUCCUUCUUGUUCAAGGAUCAUGUCAGCGACUGAAGGGGGAGUUUGCUGUUUGGGGUUUUUACAAGGGAAUCUCAUAUCUGAAGCAUCGAACCAGCCCUAUUUUCAAAAUGCCACGCUCUAAAGAAACCAAGAGUAAACUAACAGAUAGCGAUAUCAAGGAGUUCAAGGACUUUGUAAAGGAUUUGCCCUUUCAUAAAAGUCUUAUAAUGUCUACACCUCUUCACACAGCAGCAAUGACAGGUAAUGUACAAAAAGUGCGCUCUCUCAUUAAGUCUGGUGCUGACAUAAACUUUAAAGAGCCUCCAUAUUUUGUCUCUCCAAUUUUUAGUGCCGUCCAGGGUAAAAAUAAACAAGUUGUUGACAUGAUGAUCAAAGCUGGAGCAGAGCUAAAUGUAGAAGCAGAUGAUCACAUGACCCCUCUUGGUUGCGCUGUCCUGGAUGGUGACUUGAAUAUAACCAAGUUGCUUGUUGAUAAUGGAGCUCGUCUUCACACUCGGAUCUACGACAAUUUAUCUAUUCUGCAUGUCGCGGUGGCGAGAGGUCAUGUUGAAAUCGUCAAAUACCUCAUAGAAAAAGGCAUUGAUGUGAAUGCUCAAACUGAGGAUGAAGAAACAGCAUUACACUUAGCAAUCAAAACAAAAAACAAGGAAAUUGUGAAAUUGCUUCUUGAUGGAGAAGCGGACACCAAUAUUAUGGCCAAUAAUGUCAUUGAAGAAGGAACAGAUAUUGAUGAAGAAACAGGAGGAGGACCGAAGAUCACUACAUUGUGGCUCGCACUUUUCCUGCAACUUCCAGAUUACAUAAUAGAUCUUCUCAUCGAAAAAGGUGCGAACAUCCAUGCCAGAACUAGUGGUGGUCUAACAGUUCUCCAUUUAGCAGCUUUAUUAGGGUUUGUACGAGAAGUGAACUUGUUCCUUCAAGCAGGCUGUGAUGUCAAUGUUAAAUCGCAUCGGAAAAACACACCCCUACAUUUUGCUGCAAACGCGGGUCAUGUCAAAGUUGUCGAAACUCUGUUAAAAGUUGAAGGCAUUGAAGUCAAUCCCAAAUCCAACAUCGGUGAAACUCCACUAGCUAAGGCCGCUGGUCAUGGAUCCCUGGAAAUUGUCAAGGCUCUUGUUGCCAAAGGAGCACCUAUCAAUGGCGUAUCGUAUGAAAAAAUGACUCCUCUUCAUGCUGCGUGCGUCACAGGACAAUAUCAAGUCGUUGAAUGGUUGAUUAAAAAUAAAGCUAAUGUUCAUGCUAAAGCCUCUAUGGGUAUGACACCAUUGCAUUUUACGUGUGUCGAAAAAACACCAGUAAAUGUCAUUGGAGCCUUAAUUGCAAACGGUGCAGACAUUAAUGCUACAUGUGAUAAUGGUAUGACCCCAAUACAUUUUGCUGCAAGUUGUGAUAAGUUGGAUAGUUUGAAAUACUUGGUGAAGAAAGGUGGAAACCUAAGAGCAAGAUGUUUUAUGGGUCAAUCGGUUUUGGAUUACGCAGCGAGAGGUGAUGAUGGCGUCAAAACAUUGAAGUACCUCAUAUCUGAAACUGGAGUAAUUUGGGAUUGUGACCUUUGUUCACCUCUUUACCAGGCUGUUAAACGAGGAAGAUUGGACAUGGUUGAGCUUAUCAUGAAUAAUGGGGGAGUUGUCAAUGGUUGUGUAGCUGCAACAGAGACGCCUUUGCACAUUGCUGCCGAGAGAGGUGAUGCAGACAUGGUAAAGUUGCUUUUGAAGUAUGAGCCUAUAAUUAAUAUGAGAAACACAGAAAAUGGCUGCACUCCUUUACUUUUGGCUGUUAAAAAAGAACAUAACACAAUUGUCAAGAUGCUGCUGGAGAAAAAUGCAGAUGUCAAUGUACCGAGCACCUCUGGUUUGUAUCCAAUUCAUGUUGCUGUCAGAUCAAAGAAUGAGGAUGUAGUCAACGCUCUGCUCACCAGAGGAUCAUACUACAACAUAGAGGCUCAAGGAGAAAAAAACUAUGACUAUCCAUUGAAGAUGGCCCAUAAGUUGGGAAAUUCCAAAUUGAUCACAAUGCUUGAGCUAGUUAAGAAAAUCUUUGAUGCAGUGAUUGAAAAUGACGUUUAUCAAGUCGAGUGCUGCAUUCAAGCAGGUGCCAUUCUGAAUGCAAAGAAUGCUUCUGGGACAACUAUUUUACACUAUGCAGUCAACAAUAAAAAUCUGAAGAUUGUCAAUUCUCUUUUAUCGAGAGGAGUUGAUUUUACUCAAGCUACUAACAAAGGCAAUUUACCUCUGCAUCUGGCUGUCUCGCUCGGUGACAUGAAGAUUAUCAAAACCCUUUUGACCAAUGCAAGGAAACAGAACCUCAUUAAAUACAAUUUAAUGGUAAAUGCCACAACAAAAGAAGGUCUCUCGACGCCCCUCCACGUUGCUGCCGAAAAAGGUAAUUUUGAUGUUGUUAAACUCCUGAUAAAAAGUGGAGCCAUCUUUAAUCGAAAGAACAAAGAUGAUGAUACACCUUUGGAGGUAGCCAAGGACGAGAAAAUCAUUGAAUACCUCAGGUCAGUAGAAACGUUGUUCGAAGAUGUGAGCAACGAAGCAGAGGACCUAGGAGAAGAAGCUGCAAGCAUUCUUGCAAGUGAACGCUCAGUGAUGAAUGCAAGACAUGCAAGCGGAGGUUGGACUCUAAUGUACUGGGCGAUUUCAAAGGAUCAAACAGAUCUUGCUAAAGUUCUGAUCAACUAUGGGGCAGAUUAUUUUCUUGUAACGAACAAAGGAACAUCUCCAUUACAUAUAGCUGCUUCUAAAGGUAAUCUCGAGGUGAUGAAAGCUUUGUUAAAUCGAGUUAAAAGUGACUGCCCCGAUAAACUAAUUGACUACAUUAAUGGUCGCACAGUAAAAGGCUCAUCUGCCAUGCAUGUUGCAGCAAGUAUUGGUGCUGUAAGGUGGCUAAUGCAAAGAGGAGGUACUUACAACAUUCGAAACGAUAAAGAUAAAACACCUCAAGAUGUUGCAAAAGAUGACAAAAUUAGAGAUUUACUUCAAACCACACAUGAUCUUUUUGAAUCUGUCAAAAAAGGUAGCGCAACUGUCAGAAACACUUUGAAUAAUCUGGAUGAAGAAGAUUUUAAAGCAGUAGCCGGCACCAGGAAUAUCGAGGGACAAACAUUACUUCAGAUAGCCACUAAAAACGGCAGUGGCAGACUAGCAGGUAAAUUGCUGGAGAAAUUGAAAAAAUUAAGUUAAACUUCUGCAGUUUUUUGGGCUCAUUGAAAUUGUAUUUGUGAGAACUAUUUUCCAUCUUAUUUUUUCAUGGCAUUUUGACCCUAAGCUCAAAGUUAAGUCGUUCGAGUUUUCUGUCAGGAAAUAAAGAAGAUACAGUUUUUUUAUUUUUUAGGACGAUCUCAUUUAUUAGUAUUCAACUUUGAGGAAAUUAGUAUUCUCUUCUUUUGAUUUCCAAUCAUUAAUCCCGGUGUUAUAUGUACAAAAAUAAAUUAUUCCCAGUUGGAACUCCAUAAGCUGUAAAGUUAUCUAAAUAUUUCAAAAUAAAACCAUGAAUGGCUCGGUAAUUAUUUAACCUGUUACAAAUUCAAGCCUGGUCAUGAUGACAAUCCUUGAUUUCAUAGAAUUCCCUGCAAAGUAAUGCCAAAAAUGGUUUUUAAUUCAUAGCAGAGAAGAUCUGCAGGAGAGAUGUCCAUGUCUGGAAUUUAGGGUUAUGACAAAACAUAGAUUAAGUACUGCCUUUAGAUCGUUGCUUAUCAAGUGGAUCCUUUUAGCACCUUCAAAAUCGGAUUUCAUUGUCUUUUAGACCUCCAUGUCAUUUAGACCUAAAGGAUAGCCUCCAAUGCCAUUUAUGCCUUGCAUGCUCAAGAAUGUUAGUGCAGCAGUAUAUCCCUGAUCAUGUAAACCAUCAAAUUUUAAGCUUGCUUCUUUUUGCUGCUGACAUCAAUUCUGCCGUGCCAAGGAAAAACGCCAUAUUAAAAUUCGAGUAUUGUCAAAUUGUAUUUGUCUUAUCUUUCGAUAAAAUACUUAUUCUUGAGGAAAUUUAUAAACGUUGUUCCUUGCAAGUUUUAGGCAUUUCGGAUUAAAUUUCUAAAAAGAAUUUGGGAAAAAAAGGGGAAAAAAUAUCCACUAUUUCCCAAAAAAAUUAAUUUUUCAUCAAAAGAAAUUUGACAACUUUGGAAAGCUCAUACGGCGUUCUUCCUUAACACGGCAGAAUUGUAUUUCUUGUGUGUGAAUGAAUCCUUCCUCCUCUACAAAACUGCAAGGUUUCAGAGGCUUUGUUGAAGUGCCAUUAAACAUUUAUUAAUUUGACAAACCAGUAAGGGCCGCUUUGAAUACUGACAAAACCCAUGCCUUCCUUCUAUUUUUAACAUUUUAAUUAAAGAAACUCUUGUGUCAUUGUCCUCCCAAAAAUUCCUGGAAGUCUCCAGACAGUCGUCAUUCAUGGCACUCUGUUCGCAUUUUGAGAGGAUUAUUUUUUGUACUGCUCUAGUUAAUUUUCACAGUUAAAUGCCCAUUAUUGUUCCUUGUUUUUUAUGUCAGGUCCUUUCGGGGAAUUUUUAAUUAGGUACCUAUAUGCUGUUCUAUUUGUUCUCAAUUGUCCAUUCUCUUAUCCUUCCAUUUUUUAAAAUUAAGAUAAAGUAAAAUUUACCGUAUAAUUAGUCAAAGCUCUGUCACUUGCAAGUGUUAAAAUUUAUCUUUUUGACUAAACAGUGUAAGUACACUUCAUAUUCUUUGUGCCUUUAGUAAUUAUUAGAUUGAGAGUUGAAAAAGGAAACUAUAAAUAUUCCUUUCAUCAGGUUUUUUUUUAUCCACAUUUCAACUUUUCUAAAUGUUUUUAAUGUAGGUCAUAGAUCAUCGUGUUUUUCCUUAUUAUUUUUGUCAGCAUUCUUUUUUUUUUUUUGGUUUCCUCUGUAUGUAGCCCAUAUUUUAGUUCGUCCACAAAUUAGCAAAAUGUGGCCAAGUCUUAAAUUGUAAAUUUCUUGUCUUUACUUUGUUUUUGUUCUAUAUUUUUUCAUUAUUACAUUAUUAAAUUUUAUUGAACUUUCUUAUAUCUUCCAGUUUCAAUGUUUGUUUUUGCUCUUAGAAAGUUUUUUUCCCCAUGUAUUUGUGAUAUGUUAUGUAUUGAUAGAUAAUAUAUUGGGCUCAACUUUAAACAA